GGUAAUAUAAACACGAUUUGACAAAGAACGUUUUCGUUUUCGCAUUGCUCUGCUCUCUGUGGGAAUCGUGAAGUUUAAAGUUUUAAGUUUCGUGCAACCACAAGUGAACUACUAUCUGCUUUUUCUGUCUAGAAACCUGGAAUUUGAUUUCUUGGUGGUGAAUUGUAUCAUCUGCAUCCAACAUGAGUGACACUGUCAAUGAAGUUGAAGCGACCGAGAUCCGCUGCCAGGAGAAGUCCAAGGGUGGACUGAAGUACGAUGUGAUUCUAGCAGACCCGGCUGGUACUCCUCCUCCUCCCAAACGCAACACCUCGCCCACCCGCACCAAGUCUGUGGACAACAUUGAGGAGAAACUGAAGGCGGCCGAGGAGAGGAGACUGUCCUUGGAAGCUAGCAAAAUUUCAACCAUCGCAGCCAAGCUGUCCAAGAUAGAGGAGGCUUCGAAGAAGAAGGAAGAACAAAUCAAUGAAUUCAUCACGCAAACAAAAGAGGCUCUGGACCAGAAAAUGGAAACAUACUCGGAGAAGAGAGAAGCACACAUUAGUGACAUGAAAUCCAAGUUAAAGGACCAUCUGGAGUCUGUAGAGAAAGCUCGUCAGAACUUGGAGCAGCAAACUCUGGAAGUCAAGAAGGAAGUUGAGGAGAAGUUAAAACACGCAGCUGACCAGAGGGAUGAAGUGAUCAAGAAGAUGAUGGACAGGCUCAAGGAUCAUGAAGAGCAAGUGAAGAAGGUAAAAGCCUCCAAUCAGGAGAAGAUCUGCAUGUUGGAGUCACAGAUACAGUCCAAACUGAAGGAGGCUGAGGAGCGACGACUCACUAAGGAGAAGGAACAACUGGAGAAGCUCAAGGAACAGAAUAAAGUGAAAAUAGAGAAGAUAAAGCUGUUGACACAAGAAGAAGAGAAGAGGAUGCGAGAAACUAUCCAAGAGAAAUUAGAAACAGCUGAGCAAAAUCGGCUGAAAGAGCUGGAAAGGAAAAUAGAAAUCGCUAGGAUGAAUGAGCGGCGAGCUGAAGUCGUACGUCAGAAGAAGUUGAACGCCAACCAGGAGGAGCAGAACACUGCAUCCUCAGGCUAGACGUCUCCACACUUUGCCGCUUCAUCGUAUUAGCCAGGGUUUUUAAAUAUUGUACAUUAUGUGAUUUACGUACACCUCGGAUCGUGCGAGACUUAUUUGAUAAUGUAAAUUAGUUGUGAGAAAUGUGGCUUUUUGUGACUAGGCUUGAGCUGACGUUCGCACACACACACUGCCUUUUUGUCGGAGUUAUAUUUUCAGGGGUUGAGCUUUUUUAGUAGUUUUAUAUCCGAGGGCGAGAAUGAGCGUUCGCCUUGUGAUAACGAUGUAAUUCCCCUUUUAUACGCUACAAUCCAGUUUUUACUCUGCGUUUCUUUUCUAUCCGACAAUCGGUUUUUAUAUUCCUAAAUCUUUUGUUUACUUUAUUUUAUAGUUAUUAGAAUUUUAGUCCCGGUUAACUUACCCGUUGAGCUAAUUUGUUUAUAUUCUUACUAUUUGUAUACUUGUUUUGAAUUUUUGCUAUUAAAACCUUGUGAUUUGUGAACUUUAUUUUAUUAGUUUAGGGUUUUACUGAAAGGUCUGUAAGAAUUAUUAUGAUGUAUAAUGUGCAGAGGCUUUCGUUGGUGCUAUAUGUCAGAAGAACCAGUUCCUUGAACAUUUUUGUAACUCAUAAAAAUGUGUUAGCUUCAAUUGCCUUAAACUGCCUUUGUUGCUAUGUCGUUUUCAAGCUUUCAGUGACCUUUAUUAUGCCUUAAAUAUUUUUAUUGUUGUACAAUAGACUGACACCUCUGCUAUUUUAAGCUGUUACUGAAGUAACAUCAAAUUUGAUUUCCUGCCUUUUGUGCUUUUGGAAAAAGUUAAUUGUGAGUAGAUUUCAGUCGUAGAAAUUAAAUCAAAAUAAAAUUUAGUUCACAGUU